UUUUUUUUUUUUCACUGUUAUCUUUUUUUUUUCUUUCAAUUGCAAUGAACGGAUUUCCUUUAGAUACCUAUUUUUAUAUCAAGAAUCGCAAGAAUAGCACUGUACUAGACGUGUAUGAUGGAGCAACAACGGAAGAUGCGAAUAUUGUAUUAUGGCCUCAGAAAAUGAAUGAUAACCAUAAUCAGCUUUGGCGAUAUGAAGAUGGCUUUUUACUCAAUAUGAAGUCCAAAUUAGCUUUGGAUGUUCGUGGUGGUGAUCUCAAGGCCGAAACUCAUAUUGUACAAUACGGACGCAAGAUUACCAUGGCACAUAAUCAACGAUUUGGAUAUCGAGAUGGUUAUUUAUACACUUUGGCUGAUCCACGACUUGUUUUUGAUAUCAAAGGUGGUAGUGAUAAGGAUGGGGCUAAAUUGAUCUUGAACAAACGUAGACAUCAUUCUCAUGAAGAUCAACAAUGGACGAUUGAACCUUUCGAUACUUCUUCUUACAGCAACCCUUAUCAAUGAAUUAUUUAUUUAUUUAUUUGAAUAAAGAAAUUGAUCAUGUCCUCAUGACCAGAUGGUAUUUUUUUUUUCUUA